AUACAAUGUCUUGGGAUUAAUAAUCUGUAAAAUAGAAGUCCAGGCUGGAGAGUUCGUUGUUUUAGAUAUAAGUGAUUUAUGUAUGAAAAUGUAAUUCAAAGCGGAAUGACGGUACGUCCUGGUACUUAUAUAAAGGAAAUUGUAUUAGUAUACAGCGGAAAUUCUCGUGAAUUUACAUACAUUCAAUCCAGCGAUGUAAAUAUUGCUAACAUGAAUAUGGAGGAAGGUGAAAACUGGCCCUCUGGUACGUAAAAUACGGCUAUGGAGGAAGAGAAAGCUGUAGGGGACAACUGCUUGGAGUCGUGCUAUAAGCGCUGCUUUGGCUAUGGUCAGCACGAUCUACAGACGAGAGAUUCUAAGCGGGACAGAUUUGUCAGUGGAUGCGAGCACUGCUGUGCCAGGACCUUCUCUUGUAUCUGCUGUUUGCCAUGUUACGAUGCGGUUUGUGAACGUUGUUUGAAACUGAAUUUCUGCUAUCAGUGUCUGCACUGUUCUUGUUUCUAUAGCGAGGAGAAGAAUCUACCGGACUGUGAUACCACCCCAGGACUAGUACGUCAAACCUCCACCAAGAGUCUGCAGGAGAAAUACGUCAGUCCCUGUGCCGGUACCAAUUUCAGUAUUCUAGAACAACCUGGGACAAGCAGCGCAAUGGCGAACAAGGACUCAGCCUUUGUGAACCCUGCAUUUAAAACAAGUGCCAUACACAAAUCUCAAAGUGACGGAAAAUUAAUCGUAAAGGCAGUCACCCACCAACCUCCAAGGCUCUCCUUGCUUAUCUCAAAAAAGAAUCCGUAUCAACAAAUGCGCGACAGCAUGCGUGAGAGCUCGGAAAAGAUUGCUGAGGAAAAAGAGACCAAGACUCCGGAGAAAGAGGGAGAGCAUGAGGAGGAUGAAGAGGGAUCAGAGGCGGGGGAAGUAGAGAUACACGUGACUCUGGGGGACACGGGGGAGGAGGAAGUGAAUACAGCAAAAAUAGAACCGGAAACGGCAGAUAUCAACACGAACGUCUUCGUUAAGGACUUCCGGCAGACGACUGUCUGAUACUGGUCCAUUAUAGGCUGUUUUGUUUCUGUUUUGCUUACCAAUGUCCUGGGUUUAACGAGAUAUACAUGACUAGGAAUUCUUUUGUAACAAUAGGUUUUAAACAUUAAAAUUCCGAUUUUACAAAAAGGAAGUUUACACUGAUUGUAUUAUUGAAUUUAUAAGGCUUUGUUAAUAAUACAAAAACCUCAUCACUGACUUCAGGAAGUUAUUUAGGAUAAAUAUUAUUAUUAUGACAACACUAUUGUUAACUCGGAUAAAAGAUGACCCAAGAAACGUAACAGGCAGAAAAAAAUUAAUUAAAACUUUGUUAAGAUUUUGUUCAAGUUCAACCCAAAUAUUUGUGUUCAUAAGGAAAUGAAAGUAAUCAAGAGGAGGAUAUUUUCCUUGUGUUGGUCCAUACACGGAUAUUAUUUGAAGAUUUUAAUAAGCAAAGUGUGAUAUCUAUAUAU